GGGGGGUCGAGCUGGGCUCAACACGAGCCUGGCGCUCUGACACUCCGGGCUGGGACAAGCAGGCAGCAGCCGGCCGGCCGCCCCCCGCAGCAGUCGUGCAGGGGAACCUGCCUGACGCGCCUCCGCCUCCGCCUCAAGUUUUUACCUGGGUGCUGAAGCACUCAUGGCUGUCGCUUACGGCACCGUCACCCCAGCAGGCCUGCUUUCCCAGCAGUACCCGCCUCCCCUGCUGCCCAAGCCUGGAAAGGACAACGUUCGGCUUCAAAAGCUCCUCAAGAGGACAGCUAAGAAAAAGUCUUCUGCUCAGGCCUCUCAGUCUGCCACACCUUUCCGCUCCAGCCUUUCCCCUGUGAAUGAAGCCAGCCCGGACCUUGAGCGCAGCGACAACUCCACCCCUCCCAAGACCCCAGAGACACCGUUCAGUCUGCACAGCAUCCAGCCGGCACCGAGGUUCACCGCCAGGCCGCUCUAUCAGCAUGUGGCGUCACCCUACCCACAGCGUGCCGCUUACCCCAGACCAGUUUCCACGUCUCCUCAGGCGGUGGCGGCUCCCUCCUACACCCACAUGCAAGACGUCACCACGUUUUCUUCGCUGUCUGUAUCAGUUUCCGUCUCUGGAGUUUCACCAACUCCGGGGCAAUUUGACCAGCCAGUGGUACCCAGAAUAUCCCGUCCCAAUGCUGUGGUAGUACCAGCACCUGAAUUAAACAAGCCAGCUUCCAGCACCCUUUCUGAGUCUGGUCUAAAACCUGUCACAGGUGGAGGAAGCACACAGUCAAAGCCCAAAAGUCCAGGUCCAACUCCAUACUCAGCAGCAGGAGGUCAAGCGGUGAUUCGGCCCCUCACUGUGUUGGCCCCCAUUGUCAAAUCUAAAAGCCCACGUCCAACUUUUAAAGCAACCGAACCUUCACGGUCACCUAAACCAAUGUUUGAUGUUCCUCAAAUUAGGAUGUACACAGCAAGCACAUCGUAUUACGAGACGUCCAGGACACCACCUGUAUACGACACGGCUGCAUUAACUGCAAUUGGCAGCACGGUACCUCAAAGUAAAACGCCUGCAGAAACAAAACAAGAUGUGACUACAACGGCUGAGACUGGAAGAGGUUCAACACCAACAACUCAGCUUUCUUCAUUCGUCGCAGAUUCGCAGGGAAAAACCCCCACAUCCCACACUCCAAGCACAGGAUUAAAGGUGGAAACCACAGUUCCUACACUGGAGAUCAAAAGAGCAACCCCAACAUCAGAUAUCAGUAGAGUCACCCCAACUCCUGACACCAAAAGGGCAACCCCAACAUCAGAUAUCAGUAGAGUCACCCCAACUCCUGACACCAAAAGGGCAACCCCAACAUCAGAUAUCAAAAAAGCUGCCCCAUUGUCUGUGAUCAACGUUAAAGAACCAACUUAUGAGUUUGAAAUAUCAAGAAUUACAGCAGGACGACCUAGAACCCCUGCUCGAGCUGCAACGCCAGCCUUUGAAGUCUCAAGACCCAAUCCCCUCUUGUUCGCGGUGACGCCAACCACACCUGAGCCGGAGAGAUCAAGCACAUCCCAAACAGUUUCUACUGGAAGCAGCUUAUCUCUUUCCCAAGGUGUGAAGACCACAGAGUCUCCUGAAGCGCUACUGAAUGGGGAAAUUCACUCAGACGUGACACCUGUGGCCAAAGCAACGCAAGAAAACACCGGAAAACCAAAGCCAGAGUCUGAUUUGACAAGAGAAAUGAUCAGACCAGCUCCAGUUGAUGCUCUGACUCCCACAUCUGCACCAACAUCAGCAGUGAGUAGUCCUCAGAGGCCAAAGACUCCAACAUAUGAAGCAAGUCGACUUCUGAGCACAUCACCUGGCUACAAAAGACCAAAGACCCCAACGUAUGGGGUACCGCGCACAGGUGUAUCGCCUGUAGCCUUUCAAAGACCUAAAACACCAACACAACAAAAGUCGAGCUAUCGUGGAUUAACACCAGCUGAGUACGCCGCCUACGGUGGAAUCAAAACCUACUCCCCAGCAUUUGGCAUCGGCAGUACAACAAUGCCAAUUCAAGAGGAGGUGAAACCACAGAGUGAUGUGCCCACAAAAUCUACCACACCCACUCAAGGACCAUCUGUGACAGGCACGUCUACAAUGGCGGUGUUGAAAACCAAAGAACCUCCCAAAGAUGUGGGUAAACCCCAACAGGCGGAGGAGAAGACAGCUUCGAUCCCUACUAUUGUUGUUUCACAAGCGUCUGAAUCUUCAGGUACAGUGGUAACCAAAGACACAACAUCUCAUCAGGUAGCUGCAAAGCAUGAGACAGUAUUGACCCAAGAAGCACCAAAGGUCAUGCCUCAAUCAGCAGAGAGUAAAACCUCUGUCAAACAUACAACACCCACACCAGUGGAGGAAACCAUAACAACAGCUCCUGAAGUGAAGCAUGCUUUGCCUCAAGUGGGCAACCAAGACCCCUUGAAGGCAGUAAAGAAACUUCUAGGCAAAAAUAAAGCCCAAACUACUGAACAGAAACCUCAAACAGAAAGCAAAUCAGAUGUCUUAGUGCAAAACGAACCUGUGAAAACUGUAGCUGCCAUGCCAACUACACCUAAAGACUCAAGAACAAGCCCUGUGACAGCUGGCCUGCCUGUUCAGACGAAGCCUGCUGAAGGAACAGCAGAUCAAGAGAAAGAUAAACAGGCAGACGCAGCUUCAGCAGCCACAUCUGCUUCAGAUAAAGAGGUAGACAAACCCCUCCCAGCAGCUGAGCCCCUUCUGAAAGUCUUACCAAAGCCGAAGGGCAUAAAAACUAAAGCGAGCGGUUGGUCGCGCCUCAAGAAACACAUGGUGGUGGAGCAAGAGGAGCCCAAGUUUCCAGAGGCGGAGCCUGAGAAGGAGGCUGGAGAACAGAGAAAGAGUGAAGGGAAAAGGCAAAACGAGGUGGCUGGAGAGAAAGCAGGUGCCCAGGAUGACCGCGAAACCAGCGGCUCCCCCAAGGCAGUCAAGAUGUGGGACGCCGUCCUCUUCCAGAUGUUCUCCUCCAAAGAGAACAUCAUGCACCAGAUCGAGCUGAACAAGAGCGACACUGAGAAGACUGAAGAGAAAGCAACUGAGGAGAGCAAGGACAUCCCUUCGUUUGCCUACCGGCUGCCAGUGCUGCUUUUCAGUCCAAAGUUUGACGCUAAAAAGCUGAAAGAGGCGGCUUCCAGGCCAGUCACAAAGAUUUCCACUGUGUUUGAAAUGGGUCUGAUUGGGCGGAAAGGUAAAGAAGAGGAACCAAAAGACUUUAACAGAACAGCAAGGGGCUUCGCUGCUAGUUAAGCUGCAGAACGGUGUAGAGCCGAGAAGAAUACCUGCAAUAAAGCGUUAUGGUUUCUGUUAUACGUACAGAAACACUGUCAGUCUUCAGUCUGUGUGAAUGAGUAAUGUUUGUGGCAGUGUCAAAGAAAACUCGGUCUGAACUUUAUACUUGACAAAUGCUUUGUGAGAGUGGUCGUCCUGACUUCCCACGUCUGUGAUUGGCUGGAAGGGGAGAGAUACAUUUGUCUUAAAGUCAUUUGGAUGUUGCUUCACAUUAAAGUGUUUAUUUCAU